CGAUGAAUUUAUCUUAUCUGGAGAAGUCAUAGCCACUAAUAAUUGGAAAUGCAUUCAGCAGAUUGUUAUAUUAUGUUGGUAGCAUAAUGAGUGAUCAACAUGAAUAAUAAAAAAGUUAGUCGACAGUCGUUUAUAGAAGAAGAUAUCGAAGUGAAACCUUCUACAGAACUAACACCUGACGAAUAUGAACAUUUCCAGAAAUCUGUAGAAAAUAUUGAAGUUCACACAUUUGCAAGCGAUUGGGAGUGCAGUGAACAUGAUGUUGAAGUGUUUUCGAAAACUUUACUGAAAUGUGGUAUGGAAAUCAAACCAGAAUAUAAACAUAACUUAGAAACGGAUAACUGUAAUGUCAUCUUGGAUAAAAUUUGUGAACAAUCGGACACCCGAAGUGGAUUAGUUAUUCUAUUUUCUGGCUAUUGUAUGAAGGACGGAUGUCUAGAAAUGUUUGAUGGAAAGCAAAAAAGAACAGUGGCUAUUCAAGAGAUCUGGAAAAAAUUCAAUUCCCAUAAUUGCAAAUCGCUGAAAAAUAAACCAAAAAUUUUCAUUUUUGAGGUAAGGAAUUCAACAAUUCCAUUAUUACCGAAAUGAAAUGAGAAUACAAUU